AUGGCGAAACAGCUGCCGGUAAAACUAUCUCACAAAAGCGCCUUGGUACUGCUGCCUCCGUCACGCAUCACUGCGCCAAUAGAAGCAAUACGAAGCGUCUACGAUAAGCAGUUUCUACGAUGGCCCCCGCACAUCAACUUGCUGUACCCUUUCCUAGCAUCCCCGUCUGAGUCUUGCAAACUCAAGCACGACAUUCGCAUCCGAAUUGAACAAGUAGCCCGCGCCAUACCCCCUUUCCAUAUGUCACUCGAGUCGGAUCAACCUGGAGUCUUUCACCAUAACCUCAAGAACAAGACCGUCUGGCUUGGCCCCACCACUUACAGUAAUAUCCGAAAGCUUCAGGCGGCUUUAUACUCCGAAUUCUCUGUAAAUGGAGUUGACCGAGACCGCCGACCUUUCAUGCCCCAUAUUUCUGUAGGAAAAGCACAAAGCCAGGGUGGUGUAGACGAGAUUAGCGUAGAGAUCACCAAGAGCAUCUCCGAGUUCCUCUCACACAACGCAGAAAAAGAUGACAAGCCCACUACCCUGGAGUGGUAUGUCGAUAGGGUUCAUGUCCUUGAACGCAAAGAUGAAAAAGAUCGCUUCAAGAUUGUUGGCACUAUAUCAUUAGGGGAACCUAGCACAAGGGUAGAGCAGGCGACAACUUCAGUCGGCUGA